AUGUCGUGGCUCUUUGGUUCCUCCGGUACGUUCAUUCCAUCGUUCUUUGCGAUCCACAUUUCCGCCGUCCCAGAUGCCUGCACAUUGCGCAACGACUACACUACGAGCCUGGGAAGGUAUCGACCUGUCGCUAAUACUUCAGAUACAGAAAAGAACGCGCCGGCCCCUGCCGAGUCCAAGACCCAGCCCACGCAAACCGAGAAGCCCAAGCCCUGCUGCGUUUGCAAAGAGGAGAAGGCCGCCCGUGAUGACUGCAUGCUAUUUUCCAAGUCCGACGACCCCCAGAAGGAGUGCCAGUCGAUGGUUGAAAAGUACAAGACCUGCAUGGCCGGCUUCGGCUUCAAGGUCUAG